AUGGUAUCAUUGCACGUGGAUGGCAGUCAUUUAUGUGGUGGUGCCUUACUCAGUCCACAAUGGGUGAUCAGUGCAGCACACUGUGUUCCCCUGACAAGUAACCAUACUAUGUUGGCUGUACUGGGGAUGAACUCUCUGUUGGACCCUGAGAGGUUGGUUGUCAGCAUUGAGAAACAGUUCCCUCAUCCUCAGUACAACAAAACUACCAAGGAACAUGACCUCCUUCUUUUGAAGCUAGCAGUAAAUGUCACACUGAGCGAUAAAGUGAAGCCCAUACAAAUCCAAUGUGAAGACAAAGUGAUACCUGCAGGUAGUCAAUGCCUGGUAGCUGGCUGGGGGAAAAUAAAGCGCACAGGGAAGAAACCUUACCAGCUGCAUGAGGUAUCAGUACCUGUGAUCAGCAGAGCAGUCUGUAAUGGUCGGGGUUACUACCAAGAUGAAAUCACGGAGAGUAUGAUGUGUGCAGGGAGUGCAAAACAAGACUCAUGUGAGGGAGACUCUGGUGGACCCUUGGUGUGUGAUGGAGUGCUGGAGGCUGUAGUGUGUUCUGGAUUUAGUGUCUGUGGUAAUGCCAGGAGACCAGGCAUCUACACCCGUUUAUUUCCCUAUGUAAGAUUUAUUGAAGAAACUAUGCACAAUGCCACCCUAUGCAUCCCUUCUGCUACAGCAAUUGAAUCCUAA